AGGGCAGCUGCUGAAGACAACUCCAUAAGUCGGUGUGGACAGAGAGAGAGUGUGUGUGUUGGGCAUUCCAUGGCUUCCCUCUGAGCACAGUCCUGGAUACAGUAUCUCAUGAGGAAGAGCAAUAAACAGGGGACUUAAAAGAGGAUAUACACCCGGAACUCCUAAGCAAGCAGGUAUGCGGUGUGAAAAAGGAAGAAUAAACUGGAUAGUUUAGCGAGGUCUCCUAGAAGAAAGGGUGGGUGGAGAGCAUGAGGUUUUUGCUUGUUACUCCUUCGCAAAGGAGCUGGUGCCUGCUGUGUUGGUAAAGGCGAAAAACAACAACACCUAAGCAACUUGGGGGAGCAGCUAUUAAGUUAGGUCUCAUGCGUUUUUGGAGAAGGGAGGUUUGAGUCCUACAGAGUUAAGGAGAGGAACGAAGGAUGGAAGAAUACAGGCUGCUGGAGAGGAAAGUGAUGCGACCCAGUUGUAAAAUAGGUAGGGGACCCUGUACCUUUAAUAGCUGUGUCAGAGACAGAAGUUGUUGUGUUGCUGGCCUUCUCUGCAAUUGUAAAAGGCAUCUAUGCUACAUCUUCUUAUAAUCCAUCACCCUAGGGGGAGGCUUUUUAAUGGAUUAGAAUCACAGCUCCCCCCCUCCCUGCCUUUCCCCAUUUGCUUGGGUGGCUCUUGUGCUUUUAAAGCUGGCAGAAAUUCAACAGGUUGGGCAAACUUUCCCUAUCGCUGCAUCAGUUCCUGUCACAGACAUUUAGAGACAGAUUAUGAGAAAACUCCUGACUGAAAAGUGUGGCGUCUCUAAAGCGGGUGGACAUAGUCCAGGAUUUUCUCUGGAAAUGAAUGGGUGGCAUGGGAACAUGACUCCAAGAUGGUUUGAUGGCCUUACAAUUAAAAAAAAAAAAAUCAUCCUGACUUACGGCUCCUUAAUUAAUAUUUAUUUUAUCAUUACUUUCAUAUCACAACUUCCCUCCAAGGAGCUAAAAAGUGGUGUGCCAAGUUCUCCCCAGCCUAAUUUCACCCUCCCAACAACUCUGUGAGGUAGGUUAAGCUGAGAGAUGGUGGCUGGCCCCAUGUCAGCCACUGAGUUUCAUGGCUGAGUGGGCAUUUGAACCCUGGCCUUCCAGAUCGUAGCCCAGCAGUCUAACCACUGCACUGUAUGUUACACCCUCCUCUCUUUGUAGAGGACCCAAGAGUCUCUGCUUCCUUUGGUUUCUAUAUAGCCCUCUAACUCACCAUAAAGGUGGGGUUCUAAAUAAACAACGUAAUAUAAUCUUAUCUGCAAUUUCCUGUGUGGCACCUAAUGUACCUGGCAGGCUUGGGUUGGACAGGCAGUGAAACAGGAGUGGCUGUUUUCUCAAGGAAGUCCACCACAAUCUUGUAAAGUACUAUUUCCUUCACUCUUCUGGAAAAACACGAGCAGAACAAUCUCAUUAUACUAUUCCCCCACUCUUCUUGUAUGCUUUAGGAACUGUGACCGUACAAAGGGAUGGCCCACGAUUCAGCCGAGGAGAUGCACCUGCAGCUGUGAAAGGACACCCUUCUUUAAACUUUUGGCUUCCUCCACACCUCCCUGCGAAAGCAAUUCCCACCCACUGCAUAACAGGAAAAUCAGCCUGCAGAAGAUAUGUUCAGUUGUGAACCUGUCACACAUCUGAAUGGCUGAGAUCUAAGAAGCUGAGCAGGUAAAAGGAGGACAUGUGCUCCUGUUCAUUGGAUGGAAAUCCCAGUGCUGAAUCUUGAAAGCUGAUUGGCUAAGAAGAAUCGGCAACCUUAAACUCUUCCUUGGAUAAAAGGAGGAAAGAUUUCAUAAUGCUAAUUCACCAGUCAGCAGGGAUGCACUCUUCAUCCUCAUAGGCUAAGAACAGAAUACUGUAUUAUUUCACUGGUUGAUUGGCUGGAGAGUCUGGCCGGCAUGGGAUUUUAAUUUCUUCUUCAUUCAUUGGGUCUGCUUAAGGCACUUGUUCCAGGAACUGACAGACUGCCAUUGGCCAAGGACUGUGGGAAUUUCCACCUUUGGGGUGACCUAGACCCAGUUGUUUAUUCACAGAAAAUAGCAAUCAUCCUAGCAGAUAACUGGUGCAGAAUAUUCUCAUUGCCUAGGUGAGGAUAACUUCUGACUUCUGGCCCGUAACAGAAGACGAAACUUCUCACCAGAAACAACUGGAUCUAGGAAAGUUGGAACUCUUUGAUUAAUCAUUUUGAGAUGUUUCUACACUCUCACACAGCCAUUUUCUGCAAGUGUGGGAAAGUGUCUGCAAGUGGAAGGACGAGUAGUGGUUUUUCCAAAUGAACUUCUGGAAGGUUUUGGCUUUGUGAAUGUGUAGGAGGUGUAUUUCCUUUUUGUAAAAAAAAAAAAAAAUCAUCUGAAGCUGCAAAAAAGAGGAUUGCACAGACUGGCAGAAGACGUCAGAGAAAGAACUACUGUUCUCGAGAUGUGCCUUGAAAGGUUACCUGGCAAGACAAGAUAAUAUUAUGCCGGUUGAUGCACAGUUUCACAAACUCAACAAGAGAACCUAGGAGAUUUAUGCUCUUGGAUGCUGUUUUUUAAACCCAAUAGGCUCAACCCCCAAUCAGAGAGCCCAGCUUGUAUUAUUCUCACUGUUCUAACCUUCUAGACCUCCCUGCCCACCCAAGUGUCACACAGCUUGCUGGUUCCCUUUAGUCUUUGCCUACUAAGCAAGAGUUUCCUCCUGCCCCACAUUCUGCUAAUCUCGUCAUCCCCCAUAAAGAUUGCAGAGUCCAGUUGCAUACAAGAGAGCUGAUAGCCCAACUAGAGAUUUGUUCCAUAGGCUCUUAGUUUCAAAUGAAUUUCCCAUAAUUUCCACCAGUGGGAAUGAAGGCAAUUCACAAACUGAAGUGGGUGACAGCUCUAGUAGAUUAUUUUUGUUUGUAAAUGUCCUGUGUCCUGUGUAAAGGUGGCACAACCUUGAAUUAUGAUUCAAGGGGAUGCUAGAGUAACAGGCAAACAGUUGUGUGGCCACCAGCUCUAGCACUGGUUAGUACAACUGGUACUUUGGGCAUUUGUUUUGUAUUUUACGGCUGUUCCCCAUCCACCCCCGGACAUAUUUUUUGAGCAGUGAUUACCAGGAUAACUACCGUUACUCAUACCUUUGGAUGUAGAUCAUAUUGUGUUUAGGGUUAAAAGGGUUUUAGAAUCAAAUUAUACUCUUCAUGAGGCUGAGAUCUGGAAUCUAGAGGCACCAACUCUAUUUUGACAUGUACCAUGAAAAUGGGUUGCCUAUAUGAUAGUUCCCAUGAAUGUAAAUAGAGAGCAGGUGAUAAGGAGUUAUGGAUGUGGUAAACUGAGAUGCAGUGUCAACGUUAGGCUUAUCUGGACAAGGGGUGGAAGGAGGUCCUGAGUCCUGGUAUCCAGCAUUAGAAUAAUCCAGUGUGCCAUCAGGGUUUAGAAAGUGAAACUAAGGCGCUUAGGUCACCUGAAAACGGUGAAAGUUAUGGUUGAACUAGCCACUGGGGCUGUCCCAUGAACAAUGAUCGUUCUUAUUUCUAUGCCCUCAACAGCUGCAGAGGCUAAAAUCCACACACAGAAGUUCUGUUAAAGAGGCAGGAGCAGGGCACGCUUUUUCUUUUUCAACAUGACAGAAGAAUUUUAGGUUAAGGAUGCAAGAUUAUAUGGCUGCUUACCCAGAGGGUUUGGAAAGGCCCGCUCUGGUUACAGGGUAGAGUUGUGGGUAUAAUUGAAUGCCCUUUCCCCAAAGGCCAUGGCAGGUUCCCAGGUCCUCUGCUUGGAGAGCGAAGAGCCGUAUGCUAAAGUAACGGAAUCGAACCCUGAAUUUUAUUAUUGUGAGGGUCAGCGGGUAGCUCUCGAAGCGCUGCUCACUAAAGGCGAAGAGGCGUUUAAGGAGUGCAUCUCCCAGGAAAAGCUGCGCCCCUUUCUGUCAGAUGGAGAGCUGCAGGAACUGAAGGCAGCUGCAGAAGACUCGUGGGCUUCCUCGCCAGGUGGAACUGGCAAUGGUGGCCACAGGGGCAAGGGAUCAAGCCUCAGCUACUGGCCUGGACGUUCGGACGAGCCUACUCCAGAGCUGGAGCUAGGGUGGCCGGAGAACAGCGUUUGGAAAGGGAUUACCCGUGUGGAGGUCUAUACCCACCCACCAGGAGAGGGAGCGCCCCACAUCAAGGAGCUGGUGCGAAGAUACAUCCAGCAAGCCAACAAGGUACUGAGGAAAGGUAGCAGCAUCCUUCUAGAUGUUGUGGAUAUGGAGGAGAAUAGCCACAUUAGCCAAAGGUGCAUUUCAUAGAAUCAUAGAGUUGGAAGAGACCACAAGGGCCAUCGAGUCCAACCCCCUGCCAAGCAGGAAACACCAUCAGAGCACUCCUGACAUAUGGUUGUCAAGCCUCUGCUUAAAGACCUCCAAAGAAGGAGACUCCACCACACUCCUUGGCAGCAAAUUCCACUGUCGAACAGCUCUUACUGUCAGGAUGUUCUUCCUAAUGUUUAGGUGGAAUCUUCUUUCUUGUAGUUUGUAUCCAUUGCUCCGUGUCCGCUUCUCUGGAGCAGCAGAAAACAACCUUUCUCCCUCCUCUAUGUGACAUCCUUUUAUAUAUUUGAACAUGGCUAUCGUCUUGUAAAUUUUUUUAUUAAUUUACAACAAAACAUACAUAAAAUUUUUCACAUCCAAUUUUCACAAAUUGCUUCUUUUCUGGACUUCCUUCAGUUUCUCCGUAAACCAUCCAUAGUCAUUAUUUUAAAUACGCAUUUUGUAAUUUAUAUUGUCAUUAUUUAUACCCUUAGUUUCCUUUCUCUUUAAACAAUACUUCUUGGUUUUUCACAGUACUUUUUUAAACCCCUCUAGCGUCAUCUGUCCCUCACUUAUACUUUCCAGAUAUUCCACAAAUUUCCCCCAGUCCUCGAUGAACUUUUGGUCUCUCAGAUAUCUAAUUUUCCCAGUCAGUUUAUCCAACUCUGCAUAGUCUAACAGCUUCAUUCUCCAUUCUUCCACUGUCAGUAUUUCCUGUUGUUUCCAUUUCUGAGCCAGUAACACUCUUGCUGCAGUCACUGCAUAUUGGAAAAAUUUACAGUCCUUUCUCUUUAUCUCAUUUCCUAAUAUUCCUAACAGAAAGGCUUCAGGUUUCUUUGUAAAUGUGUAUUUUAGAAUCUCCUUCAAUUCAUUAUAUAUCCUUUCCCAGAAGUCUUUCACUUUCUUACAUUCCCACCACAUAUGAUAAAAAGAGCCUUCUUUAUCUUUACAUUUCCAACACUUAUUACAUGUCUUAUACAUUUUUGCUAAUUUCACCGGUGUUAUAUACCAUCUAUAAAACAUUUUCAUAACAUUCUCUUUUAACGUCAUACAUGCUGUAAAUUUUAGAUUUUCUUUCCAUAGUUUUUCCCAAUCCUCAAAUUGUAUAUUAUAUCCAACAUCUCUGGCCCAGUGUAUCAUUACCGACUUAACUUCCUCAUCUUUUAAAUUCCAUUCUAACAACAGCUUGUACAUUUUGGAUAGAAUUUUGUGAUCAUUAUUUAUUAUUUCAAUCUGAAAUUUUGAAUCUUUAUCAGCAUAACCGCCAUCUUUGUUAUCUUUCCUAAACAUUUCAUUUAUUUGAAAAUAAUGCAACCAAUCAUAUACAUGUUCUUUAACUUGUUCGUAUGGUUUCAUUUUCCAUUUACCCCUUUCUUUAAAUAGCAGUUGACCAUAUGUGAUCCAAUUGCCUCUCAUAUUAAUUUUCUUUACACUCAUGACUUCUAACGGAGAUAACCAGUGUGGUACUUUAGGUUCUAAUAGGUUUUUGUACCUAUCCCAUACUUCAAUCAAAGGACCUCUGAAGAUGUGGCUCUCAAAACCUUUAUGGAUUUUCUUUUUCUCAUACCAUAAAUAUGCGUGCCACCCAAAUCUGUUAUCAAACCCCUCUAAAUCUAACAGUUCUUUGUUUUCUAGUUUUAUCCAGUCUUUCAACCAGCAAAGGCAAGAUGCCUCAUAAUAUAAUUUCAAGUCUGGCAGGGCAAAGCCUCCUCUUUCUUUCGCAUCUGUUAAUAACUUAAACUGAAUUCUCGGCUUUUUGCCCUGCCAAAUAUAUCUUGAAAUUGCUCUUUGCCAUUCUUUGAAAAUCUUGUUUCCCUUAAUUAUAGGGAGAGUCUGGAAUAAAAAUAACAUCUUUGGGAGCACGUUCAUCUUAAUUGUAGAUAUCCUACCCCAAAGUGACAACUUCAUUCUUCCCCACACCUCUAGGUCCUUUCUUAUUCCAUUCCACACUGGUUCGUAAUUGUUCUUGUAUAAAUCUAUAUUUUUAGGGGUUACCCAUAUUCCUAGAUAUUUCACCUUUCUGACCACCUCUAUCUCUGUUUGUUGUUGCAUUACUUCAAUUACACUUUGAUCCAUAUUCUUCACAAUCAUUUUCGCUUUCUUCUUAUUUAAUCUAAAACCUGCCACUUUUCCAAAUUGCUCAAUUUCUUCCAAUACUUCUUUUGCUGUGUUCAUUGGUGGUUCUAUCGUUAUUACCAAAUCAUCUGCAAAUGCUUUAACUUUAUAUUCAUUUUGGCCAAUUGUUACUCCUUUUAUUUUCCUAUUUUGUCUUAUCGAAUUCAAAAGAACUUCUAACACCAUUAUGAAUAAUAAUGGGGAAAGUGGACAUCCUUGUCUUGUUCCUUUUGCUAUCUUUAUUUCUUCUGUAACUACAUUAUUUAUAAUCAAUUUUGCUUUUUGUUCUGUAUAAAUUGCCUUUAUUCCAUUGAAGAAUUCUUUACCAACCUCCAUAUGUUCCAAAUUUUUUAACAUAAAGUCCCAUGUUAUAUUGUCAAAGGCCUUCUCUGCAUCCACAAACAUCAUUAUGGCUUGUUUCUCAUUCCUGGCAGACAGAUAUUCCACUAUAUUUAUUAUAUUUCUUAUAUUGUCUUUCAUCUGCCUGCCUGGUAAGAAACCCGCUUGAUCCCUGUGAAUAAUUUCUAACAAUAUAUUUUUCAUUCUUUUCGCAAGAAUUCCUGUGAAAAUUUUAUAGUCUGUGUUUAAUAAUGAGAUUGGCCUGUAGUUUUUUACUUGGGUUAGAUCUGAAUCCUGUUUUGGAAUUAAUGUAAUAUAUGCUUCUUUCCAUGUUUCUGGUAUGUCUCUUUCUCUUAAGAUGUUGUUCAUUACUUCUUUCAAUGAACAUGGCUAUCAUAUCACCCCUUAACCUUCUCUUCUCCAGGCUAAACAUGCCCAGCUCCCUUAGCUGUUCCUCAUAAGGCAUCGUUUCCAGGCCUUUGACCAUUUUGGUUGCCCUCCUCUGGACACGUUCCAGUUUGUCAGUGUCCUUCUUGAACUGUGGUGCCCAGAACUGGACACAGUACUCCAGGUGAGGUCUGACCAGAGCAGAAUACAGUGGCACUAUUACUUCCCUUGAUCUAGAUGCUAUACUCCUAUUGAUGCAGCCCAGAAUUGCAUUGGCUUUUUUAGCUGCCGCGUCACACUGUUGGCUCAUGUCAAGUUUGUGGUCAACCAAGACUCCUAGAUCCUUUUCACAUGUACUGCUCUCAAGCCAGGUGUCACCCAUCUUGUAUUUGUGCCUCUCAUUUUUUUUGCCCAAGUGCAAUACUUUACAUUUCUCCCUGUUAAAAUUCAUCUUGUUUGUUUUGGCCCAGUUCUCUAAUCUGUCAAGGUCGUUUUGAAGUGUGAUCCUGUCCUCUGGGGUGUUAGCCACCCCUCCCAGUUUGGUGUCAUCUGCAAAUUUGAUCAGGAUGCCCUUGAGUCCAUCAUCCAAGUCGUUGAUAAAGAUAUUGAAUAAGACCGGGCCCAAGACAGAACCCUGUGGCACCCCACUAGUCACUCUUCUCCAGGAUGAAGAGGAACCAUUGAUGAGCACCCUUUGGGUUUGGUCAGUCAGCCAGUUACAAAUCCACUGAGUGGUAGCAUAGUCAAGACCGCAUUUUACCAGCUUCUUUACAAGAAUAUCAUGGGGCACCUUGUCAAAUGCCUUGCUGAAAUCAAGGUAGGCUACAUCCACUGCGUUCCCUUCAUCUACCAGGCUUGUAAUUCUGUCAAAAAUGAGAUCAGGUUAGUCUGACAUGACUUAUUUUUCAGAAAUCCAUGCUGACUAUUGGUGAUCACAGCAUUCCUUUCUAGGUGCUCACAGACUGUUUGCUUAAUGAUCUGCUCCAGAAUCUUCCCUGGUAUUGAUGUCAGACUGACUGGGCGGUAAUUAUUUGGGUCCUCUCUUUUCCCCUUUUUGAAAAUAGGGACAACAUUUGCCCUCCUCCAGUCUGCCGGGACUUCACCUGUUCUCCAGGAAUUCUCAAAGAUGACUGCCAGUGGUUCUGAGAUCACAUCUGCCAGUUCUUUUAAUACUCUUGGAUGCAGUUCAUCUGGCCCUGGAGACUUGAAUACAUCUAAACUAGCCAAGUAUUCUUGUACCAUCUCCUUAGUUAUUCUGGGCUGUGUUUCCUCUGCUGAAUCAUUUGCUCCAAAUUCUUCAGGUCGGGCAUUGUUUUCUUUAUCGGAGAAGACUGAGGCAAAGAAGGCAUUGAGGAAUUCAGCCCUUUCUGUGUCCCCUGUUUGCAUUUCACCAUCUUCUCCUCUGAGUGACCCCACUGUUUCUUUGUUCUUCCUUUUGCUACGAACAUACCCAUAAAAGCCUUUUUUGUUGCUUUUAACCUCUCUAGCAAGCCUGAGUUCAUUCUGUGCUUUAGCUUUUCUGACUUUUCUAAAACAUACAUUUCCACAUAAUUACCGUACUUCACAACAACCCCCGCUUUCUUUCUCUUUUUAUCUCUCAUCUCUCUCAAAACUGCCCCCUAUCUUGUGAGUGUGAUAUGUGAUCCACAGUAAAAAAGGAUCAAAAACAGUGGCACAAAUAGUAUUGAUUCUCAGUGUACUUCAAGGAAGCUCUAUCUCUGGGAAAUGAAAUUAAAACACCACCACUUGGGAGAACUUUUCUGCUGCAGCUCAGUUGAGCAGAUACAGACUGUGAUCCUAUAAUCACUAACCUGGGAGUAAGCAGCACUGAACUUGGUAAAGUUAUUUUCCAAACAGACACAUACAUGAUUUUGCUCUAAAUUCCACUCCACUCCACCGCUAGAGAGUUUCCUCAAAGCAUACUGAGAGGCAUUUUUGUCUGUGCAGGGGUUUAUUUAUUUAUUGUCAUCAUUCCUAUGUUUGUGUUCCCCCUUCACAAAGUGGAGGGAAAUUCAGAGCAUUUUUACCCUAAUCAAUUUCCUUGGAAGUGAGAGGAUGGGAGAUUUAUGGUGCUCUGUACUGGUGUAUUUACAGAUUUACAGGUUCAGCAAGUAGGACAGAGGUCAGAAGCAAACAUGCAGUCCAUGUUAGUAUUAUAAUCACGUCUAAGUAUUGCUUUCCAGCUGCACACAAACACACACACACACACACACACACACACACAACAUCAAUUUCAGUACCAACAUACUACCACCCAAAUUAAGAAAUCUCAUUAAAUUAAAUACAAAAAUAAAAUCUAUACAAGGUUAAAAUGGCAGUUUAGUGAAAGAAAUUAUAUUUUUGUUUUUAGAUUCAAGAUGGGGAAACUGUUGACCUCCAGAUGGUAAUGGACCACAACUCCCAUCAGCCCUGGUCAUUAGCCAUGUUGACUUGGGCUGAUGGAAGCUGGAGUCAAAAAACACCUGCAGGGCCAGAUUCCCCAACACUGCUUUAGGCAAUGUACAUAUAUGUUGCAGCAGGCACCAUCUUAAAAGAGAUAUUCACUCCUGUGUGAGAGUGAAGAGGGGAAUGCUUUUUAAUAUAUGCAUCUGAUCGAUCAAUCACUUAAGGGUUGCAACACCAGUACAAAUGGACGUAACUGGCAUUCCAGAUGCUUGAAUUAGCCAUUUUCUUUGUAAGCCCGCCUUGGAAAGAAAUCUCAAAUUUCCUUAUUCAGUAAGCAACCAGAAGGGAGGCUCACGAGGGAGGGGGAAGACUCAGAACAAAAGCUAGCGAUAUAUUUGCUCAUUCAACAGUAAGGAUGCAAAUCGAGUCACUGUGCAUACAAUGCACACCCCUGACUUGGCUCUCAUCACUGUUGAUUUGGGGAUAUUUAAUUCUGAAAGCAAAAUUGCAUGACUUCUGUCUAGUUAUAUAUCCCACAAGCCAAACUGUUUGUCCUCCAGGUGAUUGCCAUUGUCAUGGAUGUUUUCACGGACCCCGACAUCCUCUUAGAUCUGUAUGAUGCGGCACUCAGGCGCCGAGUCCCCGUCUACAUUAUUCUCAGCAGAGAGCAUCUUGCCUCCUUCCUCACCAUGGCUGAGAAAACGUGCCUUAAUGUCCGUCACACAGAGGUGAGAUGGGGAGGGCUUUGGUUCUGUACAGGUCUUUCCACCCCCAGAGGCAGAGGCAGCUGCAUCUCAGUUGACUCUCACCUCCUGUGCUUUCCAAAAAAACAAGGAAUCACUAGCAGACUUUGCUAAAAUAAUAGGGGCAAAGGUUGGUUUGUGGUGCCUUUGGAAUGAGGUCCCCAAGGAGGUGCAUCAGAAGGGAUACCGCCAUUACUGUAUUAUUAUUCUUUAGAUACACAGUGCAAACCUGUAUAGUCUACUCAGAAGUGAGACACGCAGAAUUCAAUGGGGCAUACUCUUAGGUAACUGGGUACAGGAUUCCAGCCUCAAAAGAAGCAGCAGCAGCAAAGCAGGUAUUUUUUAAUUGGUUUGGGGGGAAUUCUAGGACCAGUUCCUUACUCAAGUUGGGUUUUUGUAAGUGGGAUGCAAGCAUUCCUUUUGCCCAGAAGUAGUGCAGGAAAACAGUGGAAGCUAGGGGUGCCUGGCGUGCUCUGGUCCAUGGGGUCACAAAGAGUCGGACACGACUGAACAAUGAAGUGCAGGGAAAAUGUAGUGGCUGUUUCUAUAUAAUUGUUCAACCCCUUUUUAGAAUCUGAGAGUCCGAGUCAUCCGGGGUUGCACUUUUCAAAGCAGACAGCAGAAGCAGGUCACAGGGACCGUGAAGGAGAAAUUUGUCCUGGUUGACGGGGAAGUCGUGAUCACUGGCAGCUACAGGUAAGGAGUUCUCCUUACCUCUUCUUAAAGAGCAUUUUUGCAGUGCGUGAGCUGCUGCAAAUGGAGCAAAGCUUUAAAGAGUCACACCUGCACUCUUUGAUACUCAGGGUGCCUCUGGACCCAUGUGGGACUCAGAGGCACUUUGGAGAAGGGAUGGGGGAGGGAAUUUGAUUCAGUUUGCAUUGAAAGUCAAACUUACCUAAUUUGCCCUUACCAAAACACAGGCAGCCUUCAAAAUUCACACUCCUCUGAAUUUUCUCCAGACAGUAAUGUAUACAAAAAGUGCACAUUGUACUGCAAAGUGUGUAGAUAAAUGCAGGCGUUUGGAGAAAUAAGAUAUAAAAAUGCAUUACAUUAGGCAAAACUUUUUUGCAAAAAUGUGUACAUCAGGCAAAAUUGCAUACAAAAAUGUGUAUAUUGAGAUAAAUUUGCAUUUAAAUUCUAAUGAAUCUUCAUAAGGACUUUAAUAAACAUAAACAUAAUAAACUGUUGUAAACUAAGAGGCUGACAGAUUCACCCAUCCCCACUCUGAGAAGCUAAAGUUGGCAGCUGCAGCUGUUCUGAGCUUUGCUCCAUUUGCAGAAGUGAGCCUGCUAUAGAAAAUGCAUGGAGGGGACUGAAGGCUACUUUGGCACUGUUGCUUGGGAAAGGGAAGGGGCUACAAGGUCCUGCACCUAUGCCUGGUGGUUUGGCCUUAGUGGCUGCACUGGAGAAAGUGUCCCCAUCAUGCCUCUGGAGUGAGGAACCUUUGGCCCUCCGGAAGUUCCUGAACUACUGCUCCAUUGGUUAUGCUUGCUAAGGCUGAUGGGAGUUGUAUGUGGAGGGCCAAAGGUUUCCUACGCCUGCUCUGAGUGUAUUACUCCAAGAUUGGAAGCUGCCUGAGACCAUGUUUUGGCUUCCACACUUUGCCUCUUUCAAGUUAAGGGGACCCACAGAGUACAUCUUGUCCAUGGGCCCUUAAAAUCUGGAGCUGGCAUGGAUGUUGCACCCUCCCCCAUUUCUUUCCUGGAAUAAUUGCAUCUCAUUCUAUUUUCAUGCUACAUACUCAGCUCCUGAUCCCCCUAUAAUUACUCACAGUGAAGACUGCCAGACUCGGUAGAAAACUAGUGUUACCACCUUUUGUAGAGGCAGCCUCUGUGUCUUUAACGAGCCACAUGACAGGCAAGAAUACAACAAGCGAUGCUUUUUGACAGCACACUGCUGGGGAAUGCUGCCUCUGCUCUGUUUCUGCCUGUCAUACACAUGUUUAAUGUGUUAAAGAGCCUCUCUUUGCAUGGCAGAAAAGAUGGCAUCCCAUAUAGGAGAUGGAUCUCUGUGACUACAACCUCCCACGAGGGGUUGAUGCAUGUCUUGGGGCACGAAAUACCUGCCACCGACAAAGCGUCCUUCUCUCAGGGACUUCAAAUUACAUCAUAUGAUUUAUUGUUUGUUUCAGUGAAACUUUAGUAUUUGUUUUGAUGUGACUGGAAAUACGGCCUUUUCUGCUUUAGUUCUCAGUUGUCAGCAGAGAGAGCCUGUGACGGUGCUGAAAUUCAGCUGGAUUUGGGCCAGGGAUUUGGGAUUAUUACUUGACAGGACUCCUUCCUAAUUGGUUCCAGGACUUGCUGGCAUCCAUUAGCAGAUUUCCUAGAGAGUGACAACUCAGCCAUAGUUCAAUCUUUAGUUUCAGCAGAAACUGAUUCAUUUCCUAGUUUCUUCCACAUUUCACUCAGCUCUAAACCACAGAUGGUGCUUAAGAGCCCUAAGAGCCCAGGAAUUAAGGCACUGUAUCUCAUUUCUCAUGGACACAGUGGUGGCUGCUGCCCAUUGGAGCUGGUUGCGCAGAAGGCAAGGAGGCCAGCAGCAGGUGGCAGCAGAGCCAGCAACAAGCAGAACAAAAUGAUUCUAGCUUUGCUGAAUUUAGGUAAAACUAAAGCGGAGGAGGGCAGGAUGCGAGUGGCGCUGUGGGUUAAACACAGAGCCUAGGACUUGCUGAUCAGAAGGUUGGCGGUUUGAAUCCCCACGACGGGGUGAGCUCCCGUUGCUCGGUCCCUGCUCCUGCCAACCUAGCAGUUCGAAAGCACGUCAAAGUGCAAGUAGAUAAAUAGGUACUGCUCCGGCGGGAAGGUAAACGGCGUUUCCGUGCGCUGCUCGGGUUUGCCAGAAGCGGCUUAGUCUGUAGACAAACACCGGCUCCCUCGGCCAGUAAAGCGAGAUGAGCACCGCAACCCCAGAGUCAUCCGCGACUGGACCUAAUGGUCAGGGGUCCCUUUACCUUUUACUAAAGAGGAGGAAGCUGACAGUCAGGACCAACAUCUGGGGUUGUUGUAUAUAGGCAGGCAGACAGUGGGGAACUGGCUGAGGGGAGGCUGAGGUUGGUGAAGCAGUACCACAUUUGCCCUACACUGCUGCCUGGUCUUCUAUAUAUGGUGAUACUUCCACAAUGUGUUGUUCUCCUUCCUUCUGUAAUGUCAUCAAAGUGAUGUCACCACCUAUGACCUCAAGAGGCUUAAACUGGAAGUCCUCCAUGGAAUCUGCCAAUGAGCUUUUGGCAUCCAUUGUGAUGCUGCUGCUUAAGCAGCCAUCAAAUUCUGCUAGACUGAUGCCCAAUGUUCAUUCUAUCCCUUGAGUGGGUCAGAGUUGCAGGACUGGUGAUUUAUUGGUACCACAUGCUUCGUAGACAGAGAAACACAAGAGUUAGGACCUGGUUUUGGAGCUUUGUGUACUGAGUUACUGAAGCUCAAAAAACCCCCAGCUGACACUGACUUUCUGGGAAUCCCAUGCAGAUCAAGCAAAAUAUUUGUUUUGAAGCUGCAGGGCAUGGAGUAUCUCCACUGGAGGCCAAACAGUCAUAAGGACUUUUGAGUUAUGAGUUCAUCAGUGAGGACUUUCAUUUCUGGAACUAGGAGAUCUAAAGUGGUCUUUGUGAUUUGCUCCUGGAAAGAAAGCUGCUAUUUGGGAAGCACAGACUGAUCUGACAUUGUAGCUCAUUUCCAAAGCUGUAAGCUUCCUCUGUGUAAGAUUCCUGUAUCUCAAGAAAAGCCAGAUCUACAAAAUGUAAGGAAUCUGGUUUAGUGAUGAAUAAAGUCAAGCUGGGUAGUAGUACUAUUGGUUUUUGAAAACCACACGGUAGAGAAAACCCAGGUUAAGAGCUUCCUUUGAAAGAAGAGAAAGCUGGGAUCCAACCUGUUGAAAAAACAAGUUUCUGCGUUUCAGAAAACCUGCAGCCACCAGCUGAGAAUUUUUUUCUUUUCUGGAAGCAGGAAAUCAAGACUAUUCAUUUUAUUGGAAAACAGGGCUUGAAAAACAAGACAACUCUACUUCUGAAUUCUCUGAAGCCACAAAAAAGAGAGGUGGAGAAAUAAAAUAAAUCAGCUGGUGGAGAGGAUUUUAGAAGGUUACGAUCAUCUUCAUUUCUGUUACUUAGGAAAUAACUCUCUUAUUCUCAAGCAGCAAGUGAUGAAGCAUCCUGUGCACUUGGGCCUUGUAUAUCUUCUGGUCUGUGUGCUGCCCUCCAUAUUUUCCAAGGAAUGCUACUUUUGUGACAUCACUGCCUCAGCCAAAUGCCCAGGCACCAAGAUGAGUUGUGCCGAAGAUGAAGAUUGCUUUGUGGGUCAAGGAGCUGCUUUGGGGGUAUCAAUGAUCCAAAACAAGGGUUGUACUCGCUCCAUCAACUGUGGCAAAGAGCAACCUGUUGCCCACAUGGGGGUAACCUACAGUUUGGUCACCAACUGCUGCCAGGGAAAUUUGUGCAACGCAGCUCAGUUUCUGAAAGCCCCUCCUCUUUUCCUCCAGCUUGCCCUCCCCACCAUUCUUGUGCUGGGUCUCCUCUGACUUUGCAAGCAAUAAAAUCCUUCACAUGCUUUUGAAUGUUGAGUCCUUGUGCCUGUGGUAUGAUGGUGCGUCCCAACCCAGAAAUGACUGCAUCUAGGCAGUUGUGUGAAAAAUAAUGGCGUAUCUCACUUCUCCCUUACACUAAUAAUUCAGCAGCACUAUUGGGAUGCCGAAAAGAGUUACCCGAGAAUUCUCUAGCACAGCACAAUCCAUCCUGAACAUGUAGAUACCAUGUUUAUGGCUCAGUCCUCUGUGUCCAUUAAGACAUCACAGUUUGUUCCCUGUGGUGGCUGCAGCAGAUUGCUGUGUGGAACGAUGCCACCUCUGCAGUCUCCCAAGUUCAGGCACAAUUUCUCCUCGUCGCUUUUUGAUGGCAAUGAAUCACGCAGCCUGCAAUAUAAUCCUAACUCUCUGCCUCCCAGAGUUUGGCUUGGUGGAUUUAUCCUCUGCCCUACCAGCUGCACGCUUCUUCCUCCCUGGGUUCAGUUUUGCACUCUGAACCUCUUUGUAUGCAGCCUUCCGUGAGGGUCUGAUUGAGGUCUGCACAUCUCACGAGAAGGAGGAAGUCCCUUGCUUUUUAGAAUACAUGGGAUUGGAGUACCACAUGGGGCAGGGUCUCUCAGGAGACAUACAUGUGUGCAACUCUAAUUCUUAUGUGAGCAGAUGGCAAGACAACAGUGAAAAGCUUGCCUUUUUAAAAUAAUAUUUUAUUGGUUUUCCAAAAAUAACAACCCCCCCAAACAAUACAAAAACAAAGCAAAACAAAUUGACUUCCCUCUAGUCCCUUAUUUGUCAACAUGCUGCACGUCCAUUAUUAAAUUAUAACAUAUUUAAAUCACUAUUAUCCAUUCACUGUAAAAUUGUUGUUGUUGUUGUUUAGUCGUUUAGUCGUGUCCGACUCUUCGUGACCCCAUGGACCAGAGCACGCCAGGCACUUCUGUCCUCCACUGUCCUCCCGCAGUUUGGACAGACUCAUGCUGGUAGCUUCGAGAAUACCAUCCAACCAUCUCAUCCUCUGUCAUCCCCUUCUCCUUGUGCCCUCCAUCUUUCCCAACAUCAGGGUCUUUUCCAGGGAGUCUUCUCUUCUCAUGAGGUGACCAAAGUAUUGGAGCCUCAGCUUCACGAUCUGUCCUUCCAGUGAGCACUCAGGGCUGAUUUCCUUAAGAAUGGAUAGGUUUGAUCUUCUUGCAGUCCAUGGGACUCUCAAGAGUCUCCAGCACCAUAAUUCAAAAGCAUCAAUUCUUCGGCGAUCAGCCUUCUUUAUGGUCCAGCUCUCACUUCCAUACAUCACUACUGGGAAAACCAUAGCUUUUACUAUACGGACCUUUGUUGGCAAGGUGAUGUCUCUACUUUUUUAGGAUGCUGUCUAGGUUUGUCAUUGCUUUUCUCCCAAGAAGCAGGCGUCUUUUAAUUUUGUGACUGCUGUCACCAUCUGCAGUGAUCAUGGAGCCCAAGAAAGUAAAAUCUCUUACUGCCUCCAUUUCUUCCCCUUCUAUUUGCCAGGAGGUGAUGGGACCUGCUAAUUUUAAACCCUGCUAAUGUAUUAACCUGUGUACAAUGCUUCUGUAUAUAUGCAAUAAACUAAAGAAGAUUGGCAAGUUAAAUUAAUGGAAUAUGCUGAAAUGGCAAAACGGACAAUGACAUUAAGAAGCAGAGACAACAAUGAAUGGAAAAGCUUGCCUUAUAAACACGUCCAGCCCAUUGGUUCAUCCAGCUCAGCGGCUUUACAACAUUUCAGGCACAAGACUUUUCUAUCACUUGCUACCUGGUUCUUCAAACAGAUAUACUGAAGCUGGCCAAACAGGACUUCUGCUUGCUGUUUCUGAUAAAUGUAAUGCUCUCGUCCAAAAUUUUACCUGUGCUGAAGGUAAUUUCCUUCAAUCUCUGGGCACAACUGGAUCAUACUAAGAAAACACACAACUGCAUUUUAAGUUGGCGCCUGUCACUCACAUGGGUCCACUCCACACUGGCACCUCAGAAUUGAAGAUAAAGUUUUGGGCAUGCAUCAGAGAGCACCGCACACAAUACACCAUUUGGGAAAUUACUUGAGAUGCAAAGAUAAGUGUGAAAGGCCAGGAUCAAGUUACACAGAAAAGGUGCAGAGUCCCCACCCCAUUUCAUGGGCAGUUUAACAAUGAGUUGGAUAAACAAUGAGAUGUGUGGUUGGUUUUUAGUUAAUCCUCCCUAAGGACCAAAGACAAGCCUUCCCGGAUCAGACGAAAGGUGUGUCUGAUCUCACAUCCCUUUUCCCACAGUGGCAAGUCAAACCCUUCUGGGAAGCCCGGCAACACAUUAUGAAGGCUACAGCCCUCACCUGUUUCCCCCCAAGCAGAUUGAAAGCCCUACUUCCUCUGAACAUAGAGGUUCUAUUCAGCUGUGACUGCUAAUAAUUCUGGUAGACUUUUUCUCCAUGAAUUUAUCAAAUGCAGGGUAGGGAAGAAGAAGUGACCUUCCAAACUGUUGCUAGACUACGAUUCCUGGAUUUUUUGGGAGGCCACAGUGAGAACUGGAUGCUGGACCAGAUGGGCCAUUGGCCCAUUCUAUGUUCCCAUCAUCCUGGACCAUUGGCCAUUUGGGCUGAGGUUGAUGGGACUUUGAAUCCAACAAUAUCUUGAGGGCCAAAGGGCUGCGCUUCAUUUUAAAGCCAUCUGAGCUAAUAGCCAUCACCGCACCCUAUGGCACUGAAUUCUACAAAUUAAUUGUGCAUUGGGUGAAGACAUAUUUAUGCCUGUCUGUCUUGAAUCUACUUCUCAUUCAUUUCACUGGGUGACUGAGUCCUAGCAUCACGAGAGAGGGAGAAAAAUUCUUACCCACACCAUACAUAAUUUUGUAAAUCUCUGCUAUGUUCUUCUUAGUUACCUUUUUUCUAACCUCUCUUUUUCUAACUUCUCAUUUCUAACCAUCUUUUUUCUAAUCUCUGUAUUGCUAGUUAUAGCUCUUUGUAGCACUGAGGUUCGGUAUAGCAAAAUGAAUGCAGUGUCAUGGCUGGAACACUGGGUUUGGAUGUGGGAAAAACAUGUCUAAGAUAUUCCCAUUUGGCCAUGAAGCUCAUGGCUUGGCAGGCUGAUACCUAAGCCUGAUCUACCUCACAGGUUGUUUUGAAGAUAAAAUGAGGAAUUUCUAUGUAUGUUGUCACAAUACUUUAGAAGCAUUUUGCCUCCUAAACAGUAUUACUGAAACCAUUACAGACCACAGUUGAGCUGGGGUGCAGAACAUGUUUGAAUGCUAAAAUAUCUCCAUGUAGAAAACCAGCAUAUCAGGAAAGAGAGGCUGCAACCCUUCUCCCUGACAUCUACUUUCCAUGUCCUGUUGCUGUUUUAUUAUAUAUAUGUAUGAGAGCUUUCAGUUCUGAGGUUGCUGGUAUAGUCCAGAAAGUGUUUUCUCACUUUAUAAGUUAGAGUGGUGCUAGCAUCUUCCUAUCCCUUACAAGUGUUCUGGGCCUAGAUACAAAAGACCUUUCACUUCAUAAAUUUGCUACAGGGCGAUGACAAGCAUGUACAAAGUCAAGCACCUCUUGAAUCCAGUCAGAUUAUCUUGAAUCCAGAUUAUCUUCACUACAAACUUCAACUGGCUGAACAGUCAUUAGUUCUCCUUGAGGAACUGUAAGGCAUUGGGGGGUGGGGUGGAGAUUUUCAGCACCUUCAAACUACAAUACCCAGAAUUCUGUGGGUUAAGCGAUGAGAGUUAAACUGGCAUGAAGCUGACAAAUCCUGAGAUGUAGAUAUGCCCUUAGGGCACCUCUAGUUUGGUCACACAUGUCCCCCCAAAAAGAGAAAAUGCAACACUAAAAAAGAAAGCAUAUCAUAUGCAAAUGUAUAAGUUUAGAUGCAAAUUUAGAAAUAAUUACUGUAAUUAAGACAAAAAUACAGUGGUAUCUUGGUUUACGAACUUAAUCCACUCCGGAAGUCCGUUCUUAAAGCGUUCUUAAACCAAGGGGUGCUUUCCAUAGCAGUGGGGAACUCAAUUUACAAAUGGAACACACUCAACAGGAAGCGGAACGUGUUCUGCUUUCAAGGCGAAAUUCACAAACCAAAACACCUACUUCCAGAUUUUGCAGCAUUCUUAAUCCAAGUUGUUCAUAAACUAAGCUGUUCUUAAACCAAGGUACCACUGUACAACACAUCUCCUUGUACAGUAGUAGGGAUGACUGAGCAGGGUUGCUAAAACUGUGGAUGAAAGACUUCAAGGCCCCUCCUGCUCUCCCUUCUUAGGGUUCUUUCUCCUUAAACCAGACUUACAUCAGACAGCACUUCAAGCAGAGGACUCUCCUCUGUACACAGCAGGACAUAAAGCCACCCUAGCUUCCAGACUGAGCUCAAAUAGCAUUGUUAUACAAUGGUCCCGGGGGUCUGUCCAAGCCGCAAGUCUUUUUCUGAGGUCUGGCUUUCCUCCCCAUUCCCCCUUUCUACCUGCCAUUCUACCUGCCCUCUUGAUUUGCCCAGGGGCAUUCAUUUUAGUUGCAGUACAUACAGAAGCAACCUUCUUGCCAAUCGACUGCCGGUGAGGCCAAGCAUUCAGUGCACACACUGAGGUCAGAAAAUCCUGUUGCUGGCUCAUAGCUCAGACAGCCAGAGCUUGUUUUUCUCCCUCUGAAAGACAGCCUAAAUUACCAUAUAUAAAUCAGCAUACGCAAAUUUGCAUCAGAGACCUGUUUCCCAGGUCUUUCAAGGACCUAGAAAUGUCCUUGUUGAGCUCCCCAUGGAUACAAAGUAAGCAUGGCUUGUCCAUUAUUGUGUCAUUGGAAUCUCAGCUUUUUGGAUUUUCUUAUAUUCAUAAUUCCACACAAAGAGACGGUAGUUGCCCAAAAUGUACAUGAUCAGUGUUCGAAACUCCCGUUGUUCUAGGCGCAUUUUGUGGCAGGGAAUUUCAUUAGCGCAAGCAAUUUCUGAGUUCUGGGCACAGUACUGCGCCUAAGAUUUCAGAUUGAAACUGCCGAGUGGAAGGAAAGGAAGACCUUUUUCUGCCUCUCCACUUCCAGCUACUCUCUGAAGACUGGAGAAAAGACCCUCUUAAGAAUAUUAGGGAGUGCGCAGGGGAAGGACUGGAGCAUGUGAAAAAUGAACGUAAUAUUUUAGCUGCAGUUCAUUCAUUUUCAGCUUUGUAUUCUUGUUAUAAAAAAGCGCGCCUAGACAUUUCGUUGUUGUGCCCAUAACCUAGUUUUAAGGGGCCAUUUAGCUCCAAGCUUUCAUAUCUCAGUUUCUAACACUGCACAUGAUUCAUGGGUAAAACCCCUUUCUUCUCAACAGCUUCACGUGGACAGAUGCUCGCUUGAACCGCCAGCUGGUCACUCAGCUUACAGGAGAAGUGACAGGGGCAUUUGACCGGGAGUUCCGCAUCUUAUAUGCUGCCUCUUGUCCCCUGCCAGCCCUUGAAAUUUCACCUAGACUCCAGCCUGCUUCGAGCCUGGCUCCAUUACCAAGUACCAAUGGGCCAGAUAUCACUCCGUACGUCAGCGUCCUGGAUGGGGUGCAGCUGUCCAACCGCAUUGCAGAGCGACGCUCCGUGGCCCCUCAACCCGUGGCCAAGAGCCACGCUGGAGAGUGGGAGUUAGUAUUGGCCUCCCCUGCUACAGCGGAAGACCCUGUGCUACCCACCCCACCUCCAGAGGUGUCUAUUCGAAACAGACUGGGAGCAUGGCGUGGCACAGACCUUUCAGGAGGGGGCCUGCACGGAGCCCCCGAUGGGCAGAAUGCUCUUAGCGAUAUACUUAGGAACGUACAGCGGACUCGGCUUCCAGCAGCCAAGACCACAGGGGCUCGCGCUAGUAAGUCCCUGUGGGACCUCAGCCAGAUCUCCGGAACCAGCACAACAGGAAGAGGAUGGAAUGGGAUAGACUCAGCAGAAGAAGCUAAGGUAAGCAUUACCUAUAUUUCCCAACUCUAGGACCCGGUACAUUCUAGAGUGGCCACAUAUCUUGGGAGGGAAACGCAGCCAAUACUAUAAAGCUAUACAUUAUACUGUUACACAUUACCCCAAUUGGCCAGUGGCAAGAAAUUCCAUGGGCUCCAAGCGCUUUCCCCAGGCUUCAGUAUCCUUGGAAUGGAGAUCAGGAGAGACUAUGGUGUCUUUGGGAUAUGUGGUUUUAUUUACACAUAUAUACAACCUGAGCAAAGGAUGGAGGGGCUCGCAGAACCCACACCCCAACUGAUCCUGCUUCUCCUUUAGGUUAGUAGGGAAACCAAGCCCAUCACAGAGCAGUCUUGUGUCUGUAUUCCCAGCUUCUGGCAUUAGCCCAACUCGCACACAACAACAACCACUCUCUUGUACACAGAAAAGGGUCACCCAUUUGUCUCUAAGGUAACAACAACAACAAUUUUAUUAUUUAUACCCCGCCCAUCUGGCUAGGUUUCCCCAGCCACCCUGGGCAGCUUACAGAAUAUAUAAAACAUAAUAAAGCAUAAAACAUUAAAAACAGAGCACUGCAGCCAUGUGAGAGGGGCCUCAUAGCUGACUGGGGAUUUGAUGCCAGGUCUCUCUGUCCGAUCCUCUGUCCGCUUCACCACACCAUUUCUCCACUGGAUACAAGACAGAAACAAGACAGGAGAUUAGGGUUCUUUGGGAAGUGGAUGUCCUGUGCAUUAGAGGAAAGGAUCCUGGGAUCCUUUAACCCUCUUAAAUUAAAAACACCAGAAGUAUAUCCUAUUCAAGUAUAUCCUUGAAUAAGAAGAGGCUGUUUCUAGGCGUGUGCAGAGUGUGUUUAUUGUAUCAUUAGGGUUAGGGGUCAAGGCUUUCUACACUUGAGCCUUCUCAUCUUAGAAACUGAACACUGCACAGCCCCAUUUAGUACAUAUGCUCCAAACCAAUUAUUUCCAAGUUCCUUUCCUAAGAACCCAGUCUCCAUCCCACAGUACAUCUAAUUCUCAUCUACAUCAUCUUUCCUGUUCUGUGUCCCAAGAGAUAUCUGAAGUGUAGUCCACAUUUGAUAGCGGGCACUGUCAUUGCUGAAGGCCCCACAGCGCAGUAUUAUUGCAGUUGUAUUGUACAUUCUCCACCACCUGUCCUCUUGAUGGCUGGACAGGUUUUGCACCCCACUCCCCCAACCCCAACCAUCUAAUAAAAAUCUGCCUUGCCUACGUGGCACUUGAAACAGAGGGCUGGCAUGCAACUCACAAGUAGGUAUCCCGGACUAACACAUCAAGUGGUAAUGUUUAUAAACUGCAUUUAUAUCCCACUUCUUUUUCAAAGGAGCUCAAGACGACGCAUGUGGUUCUCCUCCUCCUCACUUAAUCCUCACAAAACCCUGCGGAGUAGGUUAGGCUGAGAGGCAGUGACCAGCCCAAGGUCACCCAAGUGAGCUUCACAGCCAAGCAGGGAUUUGAACACUAGUCUCCCAGGUCCUAGUCCAACACUUUAACCACUAUACCACACUGGUAGGCUUGCAUGCCUACUCAAUAAGGGACUGCCUUGAGUUGCCCCCACCCCAUCUUUCAAAUUAAGAGACUGGAGCUCUUCCUUGUAAGCAGAUCUACUCCUAAAGCAGCCGGGUAAGAAGCCAUAGUAAUUAGGCAGGUGCUUGAUCCCUCUUGCAUGUUGCUUGACAAGAAGGGGAAAAUACAAGAGGGCAAUGAGCCUGGCGGCAGCCCAAGUCCAUUUCAGCCAGAUCCUUUUUUCCGGCAGACCUAUUUUUAGAUGUCGCAAUAAACUUCUCUGUUGCCACAUGCAUUUCAUGACUUUUUACUGUGAGUAACCUUCACAUUCCUUUCAGAACCCAGCCUGGCCAGCGACUGGCUCUCAGCAGCAGGAACAAGAGGGCAGUACAUACAAUGGCCACUAUGGUCUUCGUUCUAGCUGGCCCUCUAAUUGCACAGUUUGCACCUACAGCAGCAUUACAUGGCAGAGGGUCUCUUGGGGAGAGACUUGGUGGGGUAGGUGCCAGGGGAACUUAGCUCUCUCCCUGCCCCCCUUGUUGAUUAUCCUGAGUCUCUUCUUCCUGUUUUCUCCAGAUCUGUUCUAAGAUUAGGGAUAAACACAGUUGUGGGGAGGGGAGAAUAACCUGGGGGAGGGGUUGUGGGGGAGGAUUAAGCACCUUUCUCUUACCUGCCCAUUUGUCUCUGCAACCCCCACCUGCACCAGACAAAUUAUAAGCUUGCUGGUCUGCCUGCAAGACUUUCACUCAGGGGCGACACAGCAAAACCCAGACACCUGCCCCCCAUGUUAACAGCCACUGUGGAAAGAUGCAGGAACCAAUUUCCAGAGGGAGAUUUGGUUUUCCCUCCCCAGUGUUUCUUUCUGUGAGAGAAAACGCAUUUGGUUUUCAAGACAUUCCUUUUGCUGUGCAGUCUAAACUCCGACUCCCUUGCGAAUCAACAUUUCGGUAGUAAUUUAGGUUUCCAUGGGAACAAAAGUAUUCAAUAUUCUCUGAUCCUGCUUUGUGCUGCAGGAGGUCAAAGUGUACAUUUCUGUAAAUCCACGCCCUGGAAAAAGCCGUGAUGAUCGCUUCUAGUCACUUUGGGGACUCGAGCACUGUUUUCCCCAUGAAGUCUGGAUGGUUUUAAAACAAAAAAAGUUUUUGUUCUCCAUCAAUUCCAGAUGUUUUGUUCUCCAUCAAUUCCAGCACUCAACAUUCCCUCAGACAUUCCAGUUGCUACAGAAACCAGUUCCUGAUCUUGAGUCCUGGUUACUGUGGGAACCAACUUGUUCUGUCCCGCCCCACAACCUCCCCCCCCCCCAAAGCUUCCCAUGGCUGGGUAGGAUCAAUAUUUUGAUUUCCAAUCACAAAGGGGUGUUGAAUAUAUAAAUUUAAAGGUACCAGAUAAGGUUGGAAAAUUAUAAAUAAUACUGUUCCCUUAAAACAAAGCAAACCCAGUCAUUUCAUUUACAGGAUAGUGAGGAUAUCAAUUCCCUUACAUGAGAGCAUUUUCAUGUUGUCAGAACACCCCUGAGGUUACACUUUGUCACAGAAAAAUAAAUUAUGCAUGUCCCUACUUCCUAACCAAAAUCAAGUUUCUGAAGAGGCCAGCGGCCCAGUAGGUACAUGGUGAUUGUGUAAGGAUAGAGCCAGGGUGCUUGAAAACAGCCCUAAAAGGUUAUGACUUCCCCAAGGCCUACUUGUAAGCCUCUGGCUGAGAUGGGACUUUGUCCUUAGCAUUAUAGCAUUUCCAAGUGUUCAAAGAAUGUCACAUACAUUUUUGUAAUCAUUGCAAUGGCCCUGAAAUGAUGGGCCAGCAGCAUCCUUAGAUUGCAGGGAUUGGGGUGGGGCUGAGUGGGGUUUGGCCAGAGCCACUUGAUGAGGCCAUAUUUGAAAGUGAGGCCUUCCCAAAUCAUGGCUCAACCUCUGCACCACAACUGUUUUAUUUGACAGACUUGGUGACUUUAACAGCUGGCCAACAGGUGGUAAAAACAAGGUGUGGCCUUGCUUUAAUUAACAAUGCUUGGCCUGUUAAAAUGUGGCAACCUUAGAUUUCAGUCCCACACACAGACCAAACACUAGCUCUUAGCACUUUCUGGUGGCCAGAAAAGUGGCAGAUAUCAUCUUGGUACUAUUAAAGAGGGAAGAGUGGGAAGCAGACUAAUCUGACCCACAAACCUCGUUGAAAAGGAAAUGCCUGGUUAUUAUAGGAUGACAGAUUAUAUUCCAUAAUGAGAACGGGUAAUGGGCAUCUUCUGCCUUGAGUACUAAAUUGUGUUGAGCAGACCCUGCUGGUGGUACCCAGACCUCAGCUCCUAUGUCCCUGUUUUCAUUUUUUUUAAGAAUAAUUUUUUAUUAACCGACCAAUCACAUCAAAUCAAACCAAAUUACAUAAAUUCCAAAUUACAGAGCCGAAUUUUAAAUUUUUGUUGGCGGUACCCAUAUUUCAAGUUCCGAAGGGAUCCAAUCAACUUCUUGCUUCUUACUGCUGUUUUAAUGUCCACAAAUCUAACCUUAUGAUGUUCACAGUACUAUCCAGUCCUUUCUUAUUAUUUUUCCACAUCUCUUGUUGUUAUUUUCAUAUAUUUUUCCUUUCUCUUUGUGACCUCUGAUAGUCUCCACAAGCUGGUUAGAACAGUUUGUAAUCCUGCGUGGAUAUUAUUUUUUUUAUCCAGUAGCCAUAUCCAGACAUUUUCCAUAUAACAUCACUUCCAUACAUCAAAACAGUCUUAACGUCAUUAAUCUUCACCAAUCUGCCUCCUUUCUCAAAACCUCUGAGGAGAUUCACUAGGAAUGCAGUCUGAAAACAAAUCCGUUCUUCCUCCCGGCUGUAAAUCCUUUGGCAAGAUGACGACUCCGAAUUAAUUGCUGCGCCAUUCCCAAAAGCUCUUAUUGCUUCUCGGUCUCCAUAAAGCAUACUGUUGGUUAAAGUUUAUCUCCACACAGACCUUAAUCAUCCUGCUUGGGUCAGUUCAACCGACGGUUCUAAUGAGGAGGGGUUCUUGUAAAUCACAUAGAAGGAAAGUAAAAAAGGUUCCCCCCCCCCAUUCAGCCCCUUGUCAACAUACCCCACCUUUGGUGUAUCUUCAUCAUAAAAUAUUCCUGUUUCUCCAGCCCGUCGUCUUCUUUCGCAGAGGUCACUUAAAUUAGCAGACUUCACUCCCCUUCUUCACUUGAAAUAUAUGCAUUUGCUUCUUUUGUAAUUAAUUAUUCCAAAUUGCUGCAACUAGUGCGCGAUCAGAGACAGCGUCCAGGAGAGCCAAUGUCCACACGGGGGCAUUCUGCCUAGGGCCCUCACCCCCUUCUUUCGAAUUAGGGGGUGAUUUAUGGGCACAGCAGGCAAGGGCAGUGUUCCCCAUUUCCUUGGGGCAACAAGGGAGGUCCUAUGUCCCUGUUUUCAUAGGGUGCCUGGUUGCCACCGGCAACAGCUGGGCACAGGACAGGAGGCAGGUCCUAGAGCAGAAGAUUCAAGGAAGCAUUAGGCCUACCUCUGGAGUUUUUGACAAAUUGGAUUGAUAGAAAACUCUGCCUCCUUUGCCUUUGAGCUUGGGUGAACUGCUGUAGACAGCACCUUCGGUCAAUAUUGAUCAAGGCUACACCUAUGAUAGGGAGGGAGAACUCUAGAAUGACGAGCCUUAGAAGCAUGAAGGUCCCUCUGUACUUAUCAGCUAGGUUCCUCCCUCCAAACCCUGAAUGUUUUUAUGCAGGGCAGCCAGCCAUUGAACAGGUAAGGCUUUCCCCAUGCCUUGUGCCAGGAACAGUAAAGGCGCAGUCACCUUGUCAGGGAAAAAAGAAGUUGCUCUCCUCCACUUGAACUUCACACUAUUUGUAGAUAUAGUGCUUUUAGGUGCAGUAGUAUGUUUGAAGUCAUGUUUUUAUAACGUUACAUCUUGUAACUUUCAUAGCUUUAAUAUUAAAUGAUUUGGAGAGAAUCAUGAAAGGAGCAUAACAAUAUUGAAAAUACAAAUUCAUCCUCCCCAUUCCCCCACAGCUUCCUCAUCUACCACAAAUUCGCUUCCUCUUUCCUGCAGCUAUUGUGCCUAGCAGUCUCCACAGGGAAUCUAGGAACAUCAACACCAUAAAUGUUAGAACUCUGCCUCAAAUUCAGGAUUCUCAUAGGCAGUGAUUAAAUUUCUAAGUAGAGAAGAGUUAGGGUUUAACCAUACCUGGAAGCCAAACAGGGUGAAACAGAAGCCCUGCCCCUCAACUUAGGAUCUGUAGAUGCAGAUGGUAGUGGGAGAAAUUACUUUGUACAUGCUCAGAAGCUGCAUCUUUCUACUAUUUCACAUAGUUCAGAACAGAUACGGGGGUGGAGGGGCUCCUUGAUAAGACCUGGUUGUAAUUCAUGUGGUUUGCCAAGAUGUUCAUUUCAUUUUUAUCAGCAAGUAUGUUUUUGAUGGUUGUGGAGAACACCAUGAAAGAAGCUAGGCCAUGUUGCAAACCCAGGUUCUCUUAACAAUAAGAACUAGAAAUCUAUGUCUGAAGAGGAGUUCUACAAUGCAUGGCAGGUACUGCCUAUUUUACUUGUACAUGAGCUUGCGCACACAACAUCACACCGGUUCUUAAGUCUGAAGUGUUGUUUUUUCCCAACCUUUCCACAGAAAUGGGGUUACCAGGACACACCAGCAAGAGAGCUGAUGAAACAGCGAGGGACUGGCUAUGCCCCAGAAGAACCAAGGAUGCCGGUUUACCUGGCACCUGGGCGUAUGACCCCUUCCUCUGGCUACUUGCCUCUAGGAAGACUACAAGGACAGCUGUAUCAUAAUCCUGCCAGUACAGGUCUAUCUCGGGCCUGGCCACACCCAGGACAAUUCCAGUACGGCCAUCAGCUACGAUACUGAAGCCUCUCUGAAAAUCUCAAGGCAGGGGGAAAAAAUACUGGGAGGAUAAUCUGGAACAGACUGGAAUAUUUCCUAGAGUUUAUAGAGAGAUGAUUCAUGUGACAGGACAGAAUAGUCAGGGAUGGCUAUAAGACUGGUUUCUAGCUUUUAAUAAAAUAUACUAGGAGACUUUUCUGUCUGAUAAACACCCACCCCAGUGGAGUGCAGAAUGAGACCCUGAACUGUGACAAGCAUGUUUUAGUGAGAUUUUAAGUUUCAUCUGCCAGUGAGGGAAGCCAAACACUUUCCCUUCAAUGCAACUACACUAGAGCGAUUCAAGUUUGUGUAGGAUGAACUGGGAACAAGCAGGAGGUUUGUAAACUUACACUGAUGAGCUGCUCAAGGGAUGCUGGGUGCAGCUACCGAGACACUAAAGAAUAUAUAAACGGUUAUACUAGCGGAAUCUGGAAUUACAUUUCUCCAGCCCUCAAAUCAAUGUUUGUAAAAAUAGAAGACAUUCAUACAGAACAGUUCAUGCUGUGUGUGUGCUUUUUUAAGUUGAACCAUAGACACUAGGUUGUAUUACAAAAAAUCUCCCUCCAUGAUCAAAAUACAGUAUUUCAGCACUGGAUCAAAGCAGCCUGCAGAAGAUGCUUUGACGUUUAAGAGGUUAGACUAAUUGCACUGAACCCCACUGGUUUGGUAAAGGGAAGAGUUUAGAAAGGAAGAGUGACUGUUCCAAGGUUUAUACACACCCAGAGGUUUUGACCCAGGGCAGAUGAUAAACAGCAUGCAAAAGACAUCUUCUGUAAAGUAAAGUAAGGCAAGGAAAUCCUUCCCUCCCUCAUUGGAUCUAGAAAAAGGAAAUGGAAAUUAAAAGAGGGAACUGGAAAGAGAUUCAUACAUGCUUGAACCUAAGCUACAAAAAGGGAGAACAGGCACAACCCAGAUGAUUUAUUGAAGGCCGGUCCAUCUGUGACUAUUACCCAUUUGUUCAAAGGCUCCAGUGUUCUGCCACUGCAAUGUCCUAAAGCAAGUGGGAAGAGAUGCCUGAGACUCAUUGACAAAGGGAAAAAAUAACAUACUGUUGCAUCAUAGAACAAUUUAUCAGCAUGGAUUGAAGUGAAUUAUGGUUGCUAGGAUCCAGAUUCAAGAGAGCUCUCAUCUCUUCAGUUGUUGUGGAGAAGGGAAAAUUCCAGCAAGGUGCAGAUUCUCCAGUUGCUUCGUCUAUGCCGAUAGUGGAAGAGGAGCUUGAGGCAGCAAAAUAUUCGCUCUUGUGCCCCUUUUAAAGGCAGACGAGUCCUUUGAGGGCCUGGAUCUUGUAUCCUGCAGGUAGAACCCCCAGCUUCAUAUUUGUCAGGAAAUCAAGACGCCAAUAAGAAUCUCAGGGUUUGUUUACACUGGACUUGCACCCGUCUCCCUACUAAUGGAGAGCCUCCCACAUGAUGCUGUCCUGCAUCCUUCCCCCUUUAAAUGCAGGGUUUUUCGAUCCUGGCUGUUUUGGACUUUGCAAGGAACACACACACACACACACACACACACACCCUUCCUGCUUGUCUCCCCUCUAAGACAACACUGGGAUGGGAAGGGUCUCAUCUGGAUGCCCCUCCCAUUAUUGGGGAGACAGGCAGGUACAAGUACACAUUUUUUUGCGGCAGUAUGGCCCAAUCCUAGGAUUUCGGAAGCCUUCUUUCAAAGAAAUGUCUGCAUCAAAGGGAAAGCAGUUCUCCAGCACUUAAGAUGCAGGAUAUUUUAUCAUGCAACACGUCUACCCCAUCCCAUCACUGCACCAAUUCGAGUAUUUAGUGCAGUUCAGACUGUGGCUGCACAAAUCUAUUGGCUAGUACCAACGAUUGCAUCACUAAUCAGAGACGCUAUCUUCCCCCACCCUUUUGAUAAAACCAAUAACCCCGAGGGAAGAUGCCCACUGGCUGCAUACUAAGUGUUCCUUACAAAGUAGCACAAAUUACACAGGCUUCCACAAUUCAAGUUAUCUUCCUUUCCCUUACUGUUAAAUAAAUGUUUGGUGUGCU